UCAAAAGCUCUGGAAUUUGCACAAUUUUUGAAGCCAAGUGUUUCAUACCAUUGUUUGCUGUGGAUUUUUGUGCAGUUCCGGGCUGCUUUCUGCAUUUGCAUUUCACCCUGCUUCUUAGAUCUGCACGCUUGCCUUGCAUUCUUGUAACACAUCCAGACCUGGUGCAUGUUAGAAUGACUGAACUAGUGGUACUCCAAGACACCUCCCCGGAGAGAGAUUAUCCUGCUGUUCCUUCUGUAAUAUCUGGAAAUGAUAAUCAUCCUCCUGUUGAUUCUGUAACAUCUGGAAAUGAUAAUUAUCCUGCUGUUGAUUCUGUAACAUCUGGAAAUGAUAAUUAUCCAGCUGUUGAUUCUGUAACAUCUGGAAAUGAUAAUUCUGCAAAAAGGAGUGCUGUGCACUGCAGAGGAGCUACUACGUUAGGUGUUAAAACUGUGCAAUUUAGGCUUGCUGCUAAGACGUGCAGUAUCCAAAAAAAGAGUUUACUGCGUUCCGGGAGAAAGAAGAAUACUUCAGUUUCCCGUGGUCGUAAAUCUAGUGUUGCGUUGGUUUCUAAGUUCUAUAGUCCUAAACAUGAUAGCAAUUUGUUGGAUCCUAUGGCUUAUGAUAGUGGACCUAAAUCUCGUAGGAAGAGUUCCAAACCAAGCAUCAAGGAACUAAGAUCUUCCUUGGAUAAAGAUAUUGGUUCACUGUGCUGCUCUGGGAAUAUUUUGGUUAUUGAACGGUACAAAGGUCACAGGGUAGAAGGUGCUAUUGUUCAGCUGGAAGGUUCUGCUUCAGAACGGUGGUCACUUUCAAUUAAGAAAGAUGGAAUAACACAAUAUAGCCUUACUCCAGGAAAAGCUAUGAGACCCUGUGGUUAUAAUCAUUUCACUCAUGACAUAAUAUGGACAGAAGAUGCUCGCAAAUGGAAACUAGAGUUCUUGGAUAGGCGAGAGUGGCUGAUCUUUAGGGAAUUAUACAGAGAAUGUUAUGAUCGUAACAAGCUGGUCCCUAUCGCUGAUAUUGUCCAUAUUCCUGGGGUCUAUGAAGUAUCAGAUUAUGCUGACACUGAGAGCAACAGCAUCCCUUUCAGGCGACCAAAUUCAUACAUCAGUAUGGAAGAAGAUGAGUUGUCUAGAGCUUUGGCAAAGCAGCGAGCAAACUAUGAAAUGGACUCUGAGGAUGAGGAGUGGCUCAGAAAGUUCAAUGAUGAGUCUUUGGUUGUGAAUGAGUACUGGGAGCAUGUCUCAGAUCAACAUUUUGAGGUAAUAAUCGAUGCUUUAGAGAAAGCCUCAUAUCUUAGACCAGAAGAUUUCUCUGAUGAGCGAGCAGCAGCCAAUCUUUGUUUGGAUCUAGAGCGAAAGGAGGUAGUUGAAGCUAUCCAUGGUUAUUGGAUGCAGAAAAGGAAGAAGAAAGGCACUGCACUUGUCAAGGUUUUCCAGCUUUAUCGGGCCCAGGAAGAUGAAGUUCUACCAAGGUCCAUUUCACUUAAGAGGUCAAUUAAUCGACAAGAAAGACGUGGUGGAAGAAGAAGGGGCCGAACUGCCAUCAAAGCAGGGAAGAAGGCUUCGGAAGGACAGAACUCGUCGUUGCUUGAAGUGCAAGAGGCCAAAGCUGCCGCUACGCCAUCCGCGCGUUCAGGAGUGAAGAAGCGUCGCAAAAUGAUGCUUUUGUCAGACAUCUUGGCCUCCCCAAUGAUGGCAGCAAAAGAACCUGCAGCAACGGCAGUAGAGGGGAAUGUAAAUGUUUUGGAAGAAGAAGAUUCAUUGAUCGAAGUCCAAGUCCAAUUCCAAUUCCAAGAAGCUGAAGGUGCGGCCAGUGAAUCUGUGGGUUUAGUGGUUGAUGAACGUCCGAAAAAGCAGCAGUUUAUGGGGACACCGAAGAAGCCACCAAAGGCCGCAAAGCGCCGAAAGGCUGCAGCAGAGAGCACAUUGACUAGACGUACAGCACAGGCGGAAAAUCUGGAAGCUAUGGGACCUUCGAAGUUGGAGAAUAUACUCGACAAAGCAUUUGCUGCAGCUGGUCGAUCUGCUGCUGCAGCACGUUGUAAGCGUCGGCAUGCACAGGCGAGACUGCAGCAUGCAGACUUGGCAACCUACAAAGCUACAAUGGCACUCAGAAAUGCCCAAGGGUUUGGAGUCAGAUGA